CAACGGCUAUUUCGAAUAAAACCUAGCCUCCUCCACCCCAUGCUUCCCACCCCAAAAUCCCCAAUCCUCGAUCGAUCGAUCACAAUUAGCAAAGAAACGAAACACACAGAGAGAGUUGAGAUAUCGUCUUGUAGAUGUCUUACGACGGCGUGGAGAUCGAAGACAUGGAAUGGAACGACGACCUUCAAGCCUUCACCUAUCCAUGUCCCUGCGGAGACUUGUUUCAGAUCACAAAACAAGAUCUCAACCUCGGCGAAGACAUCGCUCGAUGCUCUAGCUGUUCCCUCUGCAUCACUGUUAUUUACAACAUCGAAGAUUUCAUUUCCGAUUCAUCCAAGAAGAAGAAUCUCGAGCCCCCCAAUCAACAGCCCCUCGCUGUCGCUUGACAAACCCAACAGCAGAAAGUUUACCCCUGCAACAAUUGCAAGGUGACAUGGCACAUCCGUAUGACUUGCUACAAGAUUUUUAGGGUCAUGUGAAUCAGUGGUAAAGCUAUAAGGGUUCAGGUGCUCAUCCUCUUUGAGGGAGUCACACUUGGCAAUGUGGAAUAGCUUGUGAUGACAUGUAAUAGAGUGCUUGUGGUAAUUCAUUAGCAUGUUCUAUUCCAAAUAAUUUGAUAACAUGUGAUUAUAGACAAUAGUGCUGGGAAGAGGGGAUGGCAGCCGAUAAAUUUGGCAUAGCAUUGAUACUAUACUGGGUUGCUUUUGGGUUUUUCUUGCUUUUUACUGAAUAUUAACUCAUUUUACAUAUUAAUAUUGUGGUAGACACUCAAUUUGUUGUUUUUCAAUCCUAUCAUGUAUAUCACCCAUUUCAUAUCACUUUCUACAUGGAAUUCUCUGUAUUGGAAUGGGCAAAUAAUUCUCAUGUACUUUUUACGCAACAUUGAAAUUAGCACCUGGAAUAGAUAAAAGGUAAAUAAUUGACGCA